AUGGCGUUUGAAAAAAAGCACGCCCCGGUGGCCUCGCCGCCAUUGGUUUCCGCAGACAAGUUGUUGAAAGCACUGAAGCAACAGUUUCAUGGAACAAAACAAGAAAAUGAAAAUAUGGACUCUGAAAAAAGUGCAUCUGCUUCCAUUGAAUCGGAUGAACUGAGCAAUCAGGAGGAAAUUAUGCCUGAUUCAGUGUGUUUUAUUACAAAAAGAUGUGGUAAAGAAAAGAAAACAAACAGAAAAAAGAGGAACUCCAAUGAGGAAACUAAUACCAGUGAAGAAAAUGCAGGGCUUUCUGCUGAGAAAGAGGAGCAUUCUGAAAUGAAAGAGAAUGAAGUGCCUCAGGCUGAGCAAGAAAAGGGACAGACAGUAUUCCAAAACAAGGAACAAGUGACUAAAAAGAGAGCUAUUGAGAAUCCAGGGAUGGGUACUGGUCAGAAAGAACAACCGGAGAAGACUUCUACUAAAAGUAAUGGAGAUGAAUGUGAUGCUCGUCAUGCAGGAGGGAAGAUCCCUUUAUACGCAGGCCGUGCAUCUAGGUCUGGGAAAAUGGGAAUGAAAGCUACUACACCAAACUUUAAAAAGUUGCACGAGGCUCACUUCAAGAAAAUGGAAUCUAUUGCUGACUACAUUGAGAGGAAAAAAAAAGUGAUUGAGAACUGCAGCAGUUCUCUCAACGAGGUCAAGAAACAAACCAGUGGCAAAACAUUUUUAUUCAGCCCAAAUCCAGAAAGAGGCAGAUUCUCCGCCACCUGCACUCCUAGUAACCUCCGGCGCUCACCACGCAGUUCUCUGAACGCUGCCAAUCGGAGUAUUUUAUCUAGGAAAUCUUCAUUUAAUCCUUCUGUCCUUUCAACAACCAAAAUGAAUGUCAGGUUCUCGGAAGCCACAAAAGAUAAUGAGCAUAAACGCUCUCUUACCAAGACUCCAUCUAGAAUGUCUCCCUACUUGGAGAUCUGCACACCUGAUAGCCAAAAGAGCUGCAAAGUAAUAAGUCGGCAAAACAGCAAGGGAAAUGCAAGAAAUAAUGAUCUCAGUGCAUCAAAGGUUAUCACUCCCUUCAAGUUUGCAGCUCACUCUGCAGAACCCACAAGCACAAAGAAGACAUUUGAUCUCCAAGCAAGUCUCUCUCGGCCGCUUCGGUAUCAGCCACAUAAAGGACGACUAAAACCUUGGGGAGAAUUUAAAGAAAAUACUGUCCUAAAUAAGUCUGUCGGUAGCAACAUCUCUUCACGUAAGAAAGAUUACAAACAGCCGCAUCUCCAGACAAGGGAAGAACGGCGUGAGAAACAUGAGCAAGAGAGAAAAAAGAAAAAGGCUCAGGCUCUCGGAAACCGCAGAGGACUAUCUGUGGGUUAG